AAUUACCGUAUUUUAUAAAUACCAACGUUAUGGCAGUAAUUAGUAUUAGGUAUCUCGAUCUAUCCUGGUUUAUCUAGAGUCGGUGCCACAUCGAAGCAACAACCUUCUUUCGUAUGGAGAUUGAUGUUUGAUGUUCACAAGCUAGAGACCUUAUUACUAUUAAGCUGCCGCGCUAGGAUUCUACUAUGCUCAUUGUUUUUUUUCCAUGUCUCUCGGUUAAUUGUACUUCUUAAGUCGGCAUUAACAGACAUUUCAAAUGGCUCAUAUCUUUUUCGGACUUCCAUCGCCCUAAAUUUCUCAAGAGACAUCUCGGGUGAUAAUGAUCCUCUCGUCUAUUGGCCGAUAAUCUCGCCAAUGCCAAAGCCUACACUGCACGUCAACGUUAUCGAACCGAGUAAGACGAUAGCAUGCGGCUCCGAAGCGAAUAAUUUCUUUCGCAUAGCGUCGGUAGUGUUGCGAAACCUCAAACGACAUUGCUUCGCAUAAAAACCAAUGACCUCGGAGGCGGUCCCGAUGGGACUGAUAAUAAACCACCGGGAAUCCUUAGGUGAAGGGGUAUCUCUUAUCGUUGUCACCACCCCAGAACCCCACCACAG